ACUCAACCCCCUUGCCCUUCACCCUGCGGUCCCUACUCCUACCGGAGUUGUAUUCCACCAGCCACCCCGCGCUGCUGCCGUUUUCACCUUCUAACGACCAGCUUCUUCACCCGACGACCACCAUCGACCCAGCCUCCCCCGUCGCCACCCACAGCCGCGAACCGCCGACUUCUUGUCUGCGGCGCCUGCCGCUGGUUUCAACCGUUGUCCACCGCGCCGGCCCGCUCCCCUCCCUUCUCCUUCUCACGGUGAUUUCACCUCCUCCAUUCAGUUCUGGGAAUGGCGCUGCACAAAUCCACAGCCGGCUUCGAUUGUUGGUGAAAUGUGAACACAAGAAUUCCGAGCUCGAAGCGAUCAGAAAUCAUUGAAGACAACAACAUGAGAAUAUCAAAAUUUUUAAGUUAUUUGUUGGAUCUGUAGCACAUACCAAAUCAAUCCUCCUCCUCACAACCCGAGUUAACUAUAGCUCAUCAUGUCGACUGUGAGCGAGAGUUCUGCUGCUGCUGCACACGGUCGGGCCCGGGGCCCAGUGGCGGUGUAUGUCGACACGCCUUAUGACGCCCCUAUACCCGCAGGUGCCGAGGGGUGCAUUCUCGCGACCCGCAUACCUGAGGUCCAGGACCUCCCGACCUACAACCUGCUCAAUGGGGACACCGCGACCAUCGUCCCAUAUCUGCAGAGGUCAACUGUGCCGGUGCAUUACAGGUGGGUGCCGGUCGCAAAUUUGCCAUGUGAACAUGCCAUCAAGCACAUGGACGCCUACAUCAAGAGCCACCUGUUCCGCAUCGCGCUCAACGCCCCGCCAGCAUGGGCGACGAGGCCAUCAGGACGGCAGGAUUCUUGCUUGGUGCGACUCAGGCCGUCCUCACGGCCAACUUUGACGUGAGGCCGUCGAACUUCAUCACUGCAGAGGUGGUUCCCGCUGUCCUCGAGAUCGAAUGGACUCAGAGGGUAGGCCUUGCCAGAAGCUCAUAGGGAAGGCUGCUGCAGAGGGCAGGCCCACUGUCAAGGCGCUCCACUGGCUGACCACGCCCUUGAUGCUCACUGACCUUGAGAAAGCCCUUCUCAAGUGUAUUGUGAGGUCGGCACAGGCCAUCCUCCCUCUACAGGGGUACUCCCUGAUAACCGGGCACCACUACCUCUUGGACAGAGGAAAACAGAGCUUUAAGGUGUUUCUGCCGGUCGAGAAGCAGGUGUGGCGCACACAGGACGUCAAGGAUUGGUGGACCGAACACGUGGACAUUGCAAGGGAUUUGCUCUGGCACAAGGCUGGCCAUCCAGUGGCCAACAUUGUGAAAGAGGAGGCAGCAGAGAUCGAAGCUGGUGAAGGCCAACUUGUUGAGGGCCCAGCUGGGGUCUGUGGCAGCGCGGCUGCCUGCGAUGGAGCCGAGUGCUAAAGCCGCGCAGGCCUACCUGGCGGUUCU